AUGCCUAAAGUUCAAAACACAAAUUUUAGCUCUUUCAUGCCAUAUUAUAUUCGAAACGAAAGUUUCAAUUCGAUAGGUCUUGAUAAAAUUGAUGUGCCAUAUCCACUGGAUGAAAAUCUUGUCAGCGUGUUAAAAAACAAUUUGAAUAACCCUUCAAAGAAGACGCCAAAUAGUUUUAUAUUGUACCGAAAAGCAUUUAAAGUAAUUUCAAUAUAUCAUGGAUUUCGUCUUAGCGCAAACGAAAUAUCUCGACAGGCAUCGAAAAAUUGGAAGGUCCUUGCUGAUCAGGUUAAGCAAGAAUAUAAAAAAAUUGCUGAAGAGCUCCGCGAAAACACCGAAAAGCAUGCGAUUAAAAAGCCAUCCCUGGACAAUACAUCGGAACUUAAUGCAGUAAAUUUAUUGCAAGAGCCACCUAUGACGCCAAUUAAUGCUCAAGAAAACUCUAUAUUUUCGUAUGCAGAUUUAAGUUAUACUGAUCAAUUUGAAGAACUUUUCACAUAUACAUAUAAUUUACCGGAAACUACAAUACAUGUAUUAAAUCAAAAUUUAAUGUAUCCGGAAUUUCCUAUGAUAAAUUUUUAUAAACAUUUUACCGAUAGUACAGAAGUCGAUUUCAAAGAAUUUCAACUACUUUUCACGAAACAGAGUACUUUAUGA